GGAGCUUUCCCGGACCAGCGAUAAGCUUCUACUCUGGACGUCACUAGAAAUCAUCCCCCUAUUAUUAACAGUCAGAUUGGCAAUAGCCAUGCCCCCGUAUGAAAAGAAUGAUGUGGCUGAAGAAUUUUUGAUGGAGGCUGACAAGAAAGAUGAGGACAUGUCGCAGAAUAGGCCAUCCAUGAAACAACUCAACUUACUGGUCAAAGAUGUAGUCUCACAUAGUACUUGGUGGGACCUCUAUGGUGUUGACUUAACAAUUAUGUUUGCAAACUUUGCACUUCUUCCUAUCAGUCUUUUUCUGAUUGGAUCUGGCUGUAUACCUUUGUUUGCAACUGGCUAUCUUCUGUUCUCCUAUGUCCAUGCCACAUUUACAGUGAAGCUGGCCCAUGCAGCUGUACACAAUGCCUUGGCAGGCUCAUCACAUUUCUUCAACCGCCUUCUGUCUGUGUUCUUCAUUGAGAUCUGGGGAGGUUUUACAGAACAAGGCAGCUUUGAGGCUCAUAUUCAGUUACAUCACCCUUACACUAAUGUGAUUGGUUUGGGUGAUUCUAGUUCAUGGCGAGCACCAUUCUUGGGCCGCUUUACAUACCUCUUCAUUGCUCCACUGUCCUUGCCACUCUUCAACACUGCAAUAGGCAUAACCUUGCUCGCUGGACGCUGGUAUUCAAUUGCUAGGUUUCUCUGUAUAGCAACAGCUGGCUACAUCAUGCACUUCUGCUUGUUCCGGUACUUAGCUGGAUUGUCCCUUUUGGGCACCAUCCUUUGCAUGAUCACUACUCGUUCGGUAUUUGCCAUUCCAUACAUCCAUGUGAAUAUCUUCCAGCACAUUGGUUUGCCCAUGUAUGAUGUAAAGAAACGCCCAAGACGACUCUACCAAUUAGCUUCAGCAGCUCUCAAUCUGCCGAGAAAUCCACUUCUGGAUUAUUCCUUUGGCCAUUCCAUCAUCAGCUGCCAUGUGGAACAUCAUUUAUUUCCACGACUGUCUGAUAACAUGUGCCUGAAAAUCAAGCCUGUGGUGUCCAGCUACCUUAAGAAUAAUAGCCUUCCAUAUAAUGAAGCCACUUAUAUGAAUCAACUAUCAAAAUUUUACAACAAUUAUGAUGAGCUUAUGGUGAAAGCUCCACCAAUUACAGAACUGAUUGGCAUACAGUAAAAAUAUCUUCAACAGGGAAUUAAACUAUUUAAAGAAGAAUUUAAAUUAAUCAGAUGUUUAGAGGUCUCUUUUGAGUGGGUAGUUUUCAAAGUUGAGAGGGCCUUCUAUUCCCAGGGAGGUCCAGACUCUCUGGGGAAAUUUUGAAGUUCUAGACUCUUGUAGUAGCUUUCUCCUGCACUUUGGGAUAUUUUCUAUUUUAUGUUGCUUUGCUAUUCCAAAAAUUCAGUCUAUUUGAAAAGAAAUUGAAGAUAACUACAUUUAUGUUAAGAAUGCAAUGACGUUUAUGAUAAGGCUAAAAGCAAGUAGUCUGCUAGAUCUACUUCACACCCUGCUUUUUUUAAUCAGUAUCAUUACUUGAAGAACUUUUUUUAUGUAAUUGACUUGAAGUGUAUUUAGGUACAAAGGUGCAUUGGGUGUCUGUUAUUAAUUUAUCAUAGCCUACACUGUAUCCUAACAUGGAGGUUCUGAAUACAUUUCCCCAAAUGCAGUGUAAAUUAACAGGGCUGUGCUCUAGUAGAACCAGUGUACUAUAGGUGACUUACUUUUAUCAUUUAGUGACUUGUAAAACUUUAUUUAUAAAAGUUUUCAAAACCUGGAUACCCCAGUUUUCUGAGACAAGAGCCUUUGGGGAUAUGGUGAUCUUAUUGAAGGGCAACCAGCUUGUGGUCAGGGCAUUACCUACAGUACUCACUGUACAUUUAAAAAUCACAUAUAAAUCAAGUUUAAAUUGCUAUUAUUUAUAAAUCAUUGGGAAACAGAUGGGAAAACUAUUUGUUCUAGAUUUCUACAGGGCAAAAAAAUUUUGUCAUCAUUUUCAAUUGAUGUUAUUUAUUGAUUAGAUGUAAAGUUGAAAUAUACAGAUUUGCCAUACCAGUUAAGGUCUUAGUGGUUCAGAGGACAGAAGUCUCCCUUUUUCUUUUCCAAACUAUUAAUUAAGGGUGUUACUUUUUUAAAGGGAAAAUUAACAUUAAAUUUGUUGUUGUUGUUAGAGAUGAAUUUGUGAUAAUUUAAACAUUGGAAUCCUUUUCUGGUUGAUAGAAAUAAAGAUUAUGGAUAGAAAUCACGAUCUAUUUGAAUUAUAUUUAUUUAU